AUGGCUAUGAAGAGAAAAAUGUCAGGCAGCAACAUGGCAAACAGAAACAAAAGGAUCAAAAAGGAGGAGGAGGAGGAUCAAAGCCGGAGCACCAGGGGUAUGGUGGUGGACACAUACACAUACCAAUUACCCGAACUUGUCAUCAGCCAAAUCAUCUCUCAUCUUUCCUUCAAGUACAUCAUCAAGGCAAGCAUUCUUUCCAAGGAAUGGGCAAGCUUGUGUUCUUCGGUUCUCGUUUUAGAUAUCGAUGAGGAUGAAGGCAAGAAGCAAUGUGAUGAUCAUGACACGAAACAACGAAGAGAGUUCCUUAAGUUCUUGACCGGUUGCUUGAAGAUCUAUGAGAAUCAAAAGCACCUGGAGAAGUUGAGGCUCCACAUGAGAUAUUUAGGAGCUGGUGACUGUAAAAUAAACAAGUCAGUGAGCUUUGCUUUGGAAAGAAACGUUAAAGAGUUGGAUAUUUGCUUCAAAAGAGAAAACAGUGUCAGAAAAUCCAAGUACUAUUGCUUACUCCAGACACUUCUCAGUAAUGCAAAAUCUUUAACCAUUCUGAAGUUGGAGAAUUUAAGAAUCGAAGAGGACAGCAUCGACCCUAUAACCUUUCCUUCUUUGAAAACCAUGUCUCUUAAAGCUGUGAAAUUCACAGGUAACACUGGAUUCUCACGCUUAUAUUCAGGGUGCCCUUGCAUCGAGUAUUUGUCAUUAAAUUUAUGUCAUGGCUGGGAUGUUAGACUUUCAAGUUCGAGGCUCAAACACUUGGAGAUUCUGUGCUGCGAAAUCAAACUUAGAGUGGAAGCAACCAAUCUUGAAUCCUUUAAAUUCCAAGGUGACCAUGGACUUCGUCGUCAUAUCAUUGACCUGCAGAAAAGCUUCUACAUUGCCUCAUGUCAAACACUCAGAAGUCUGGAGUUCUCUCAUACACGCUUUCCCAGUGGAUGGUUCCAAGGCCUCGAUUCGAGAUUUCCCUAUCUUGAGAGGUUGGCUUUACAUACAUGCUUUAGCUACUCGGGGCUUAUCAUCUCUAGCCAGAAUCUGAGAAGCUUUGUGUUUCAUGAAUGCCGAUACAUUUUGUCUAAACUUUAUGCUCCAAAUUUAUCAGAGGCUACAAUUACAAUUGAACAGAGAAGAGACUAUGAUCGCCUGAGAAUUUUUUUUGGAAAUUUCGAUAGUUGCAAGAAGAUACGUCUACAUGUUAACGAGGCUGAGAUAUGUAUCUUUCCGGAAGAAAUGAGAAAGAAAUGUUCUCCACCAUUACCUAGUCUCCAGUGUCUUGAGGUAGAGAUAGAUACUGUUACAACAACAGCAGUAGCUCAUUCAGCAUUGAUGGAUUCCUUGAGGUGGAUGGCACCGUCUUUGGAGUUUUUAUCCAUUAACAGAAUAUAUUACAUCUAUGAUAGUAGAAUUAGUUAA